CCGGGCGGGCUGGCUCUUGGGGGGCAUGACGCUGCUGGGGGGGCUGGUUCAUCUAGGGCUGAACGCGGGGCUGGCGGCCAUCCUGCGAGAUCCCCGGCACCGGGAACACUGCGCCGUGGGCUUCUCAGGGGUCAUCUUCUGUCUGGAAGCCAUGGAGGGUAUCCUAGCACCGGUCACCAUAGUAACCCUGGGCAGCGUCACCAUAACGACCAAAUGGCUCUGUCUGGCUGAGUGCAUCACCGUGAGCCUCCUGUACCCCAGCAGCUCCUUGACAGGCCACGUGUCGGGAAUCUUGGUGGGCGUGGCUCUUGCGGCCACGCCCCUCAUCUUGGCCACGCCCCUCUCCCCCAGUUUAUGAUGGCACCACAGCUCGCAUGGAAGAACUGUCCCCACCCCACCACUGGGGGGCGCCCUGGAUCCAAACCCACCCGUCCAGCCCGGAGCCGCCAGCCCCACGGCGCCAGUUUGGCUCCCAGGCCUGUUUUGUCAACCUGGGUCUGGUGCUGUUUGUAGGUAAACACGCCUGGCCCACGUCUGAAAGCCCCUCUGUUUCCACUGCACACAGCGGGCGACUGCCCCAUGCCUGGCCCCAGGGUGGGGACUGGCUGGCUCAGGGGGCGGGGAAUGGGGCACAGGCUGGCACACGAGUGACCCCCCGCGGGCGGGAGUGGGCGAGGCAGAGCAAACAUCCCCUGCCGCCCCAUGCCCUGGGGGCACAAGGCAGCAUGACGCGCCGCCCACAGGCAGGGCAGCAAAACCCCAUGUGGCCACGCACGUCAGUGUCGUGCAAUGAACGGCCAAGCAUGUGAGCGGUUGCUGGUGCCGGGUCCAGGCACGGGGGGAACCCAUUGGAGCCCUGGGGCUAAGGUCAGAGUGCCUGAGCUCAGGGUGCGAAGCGUGCCAAUUGGCUGAGGGGGCCUGGGAGAGCACAAGAGAAAGCUCAAAUGGGCAUGCAGGAGGGCAAGUGUGCAAGAGCACACUAAUGUGCAAGGGCCCAGGCACAAGGAGAGCGUGCGAGAGGGACAGGCACAUGGGGGGAGAGGAGACAGGCGAGGUAUUGCAAACCUCCAGCGCCACGUGUGGGCGAGAGCGUUUGUGCACAUUGAGAUGUGAAAGGGGAGAGAGCCGCACCCAGGGUCACCAGGGAACGUGUGAGAGAUGUGCAGUGUAAGCAGGCAGGGCUGGGUGCGGAAGCAUGAGACUGUCGCAGCGCUCGUGUAGGAUCACAAGCGGGUGCAAGGACACAGCAGGACAUGCCCAGUGUCACAGCUACACACCCACAGGCUCACAAGCACCUGUGAGAUGCAAGUGGCCCAUGCACAACUGACCAUAAACACACGCAAGGGUAGGAGUGGGGGGAUGCUAAGCAUGUGGCCACCCUGUCACGAGGCAAGGACAUUUGUGUGCACACUCCCACAUGCACAGGACUGCAUGCGCUUGUGGGGGUGUCAGCGUGCCAGAUCACAAGCACUCACACUUGGGGGCCAACAGUGCACAAGUGCAUUGGCAGGCAAGCUCAUUGUGGGCCACACAACUGCAGGCAUGUGUGAGGUCACAAGUGCAUUGCAUGCACAAUCACAGGUGCACGCAGAAGACCAGAAGCACACACGCAAGAUCACAAGCACACUGCAUGCAAAAUCACAAGUGCACAUGCCAGAUCACAAACGCACGAUCACAAGCGCACUGCACACAAAAUCACAAGUGCAUUGCACGCAAAAAUCACAAGCGCAGGGUCACAAGCGCACUGCACGCAAAAUCACAGGUGCACAUGCCGGAUCACAAGCGCACUGCAUGCAAGAUCACAAGUGCACCCGCCUGCAACAUCACAAGCACACGCACAGAGUCACAAGUGGGGCCCAGCGCAUUAGUGGGCCACCUCCAGCCUACCAGGUGACAGGAGCCGCUGGAUUUGGAGUCACACCCAGGGUACCCGCCGAUCGGCCCCUCUUCCCCGGGAACGACCCCAGCGCCCUCCACAGGAAGCACAGAUGUGGGGGGUGCCCGGCUCAGGAGGUUGGGUGGGGGGCUCGGCUCCUCUCCCCACAGAGGACAGCAGCCGCAAAGGUCCGAUAUAGUUUUUAUAGAGUGAUAUCGAGAGAACAAUUUCCGUCGCCCAAACCGUCUCUAUAUAUUAAAAGGAUCAUUCACUUUUCUCUCA